CGAAGCGCGCCAAUUUCAAUAUGCUGCAUAGCACACUGCCGCAGCGACCAUGCAAUCGUUCAAGUCAACAUUCAAGGCAAAUAAGCACUCCAGACUGUCAGAUGGCUCGACUUUACCUCUCAGCAAUUCCGAUACGAGGUCACCUAUUUCACGAUUUUCACUAACGAGGCGGUGUACUCGCCUUUUAACGGGACUAAUCUUGGUUUGCCUAUUUCUAUUCUUCUCGCGCAGCAGCCCGACUGGGCCAUCCCAGCUGCUGGAGCAGUCAUUCGCGGAACAGCACUCAUUACCCGCCGUUCAUAAUCUUUCAUUGCCUUUCCCAGAGGGGCGCGACGCGAAGUUCUUUUGGGCCGCCAAUCAUGUCACUAGUUCGGGAUGGGGAAAUGCCAUGCAGGAGCUUGUGAUGAAUGCGGUACUGGCUCAUACAACUAAACGAGCCUUCGUGUUCGAUAAUUUCACAUGGGAACGAGAUUCUAUCGAUUACUCAACGUUCAAUGGCAAACUCAUACCUUCACGUAUACCUUUGUCAGCUAUUAUCAGUGGCCCCAUAAUAGGGUCGUCAUUUCCCCCCAGGGAUGCUGCCCCUCGUGCUGUCUCACGGGAGUACUUCAAGAAAGUUUGCCCAAAUCCCACUAUCAUCGACAGCUGGGAUGUGAACGAGCAUCUCAGGCUGGACAAUAACGUGCCUGCUUUGGAAAUAUUUGAGAAGUGGGUGGAGAAAUUGAAUUCCAUCGACGACCCAUGCGUUGAGAUAAAACAGGAGUCAUACCAACUAUUUGAGAUUUGGCUAUUUGGUUCAAAACGCAUACUUUCAAUCUGGCCUAUCCUAUCCAAGUCGCCUGUCUUCACAGAUUUUUCUUGGUCUCCGCUUAUUCUUCAGGCAUACGCGGAUAAUGCUCAUUUGUUUACGCCUUCCUCGUUCCGAUUUUUCCCCUCGUUCAUGCGCCCUUCCAAUCAGUCACCAACUCCUACAACACUACACGACGUCCAUCCUAUUGUCAAAGCAAAGGACCUGGAUACUGUAACUGGGCGACUUCGCGGUCAUUGUUCACAUCUUGCUAACUGGUCCUCAGAUUGGAACGGGUUCAACCAGUUCUCUGCCCUCCCUGACAAGUUCAGAGUCCCUACAGACGGUGGUUGGGGCGAGACCACGCAGGCAAACACGAACAUGUACUUCAAAGCGUGUUUCCCAACGAUUGAACAGAUUGUCGAGAAAGUCCAGAACGUGGUUGCUGAUCAAAGGCGUCUAUAUGGACCCACAAAGGAGUUGAAGAGCAUAUACGUUAUGACGAAUGGAGACGUGGAAAAAUGGGAUGCUAUUGCUACCAGCAGGGAUUUGAAGUUGAGCUGGGAGGCAAAACCUGUCGCACAGGCCGUGGACAUGCUGAUCGGUCAGCGUGCUCAGGUGCUAAUAGGUAACGGGUUUUCAAGCUUAACAUCCAACAUCGUGAUGUUGCGCAUGUUGGGGGACAUUCCUCCGGAAGAUAAUCGGUUCUGGUGAGGGUGGUUUCCCGUUUAUUGGAGUGAUGUUGCGUAGCCCUCCUAUCUUAUUGAGUCACUGACGGCUUCUCCCAACCUUUGGGGUCACUUCACGAAUGUCCGGAGUCGGUACUCAUGAAUGUAUCUAUUUGUCUAGCCUCCCCACAUCGCUACCACUCUUUCACUGUUUGUUUUUGUAUAUUACUCAGUUAUACCCCUUGUCAUAUACCCUCGGUAAUUAUUUGCGGAAACACGUAUCUCCUCAUUCCAGGGCUUGCGAGCCUGCGAUGAGUGCUCACAUGCACAAGUCCUCAACUCAAUGAUCGAAGUAGAGAUAUUCAGGCACCUGGCUCGCUUUCGCACAGCGGGAAAUCCUUUCCUUUCUUGCAUGUGUUUCUGGCCCCUUGAUUAUUU